AUGAUCACUAACGGUUGGAUCGUUAGUAUUUUCACGUCGAUCGUAUCGUUCGCUGUGGGUUACACGUUCGCGAAAAUACCCCGAUUGGGCGAUAAGCGUGCAACCUCUGCGUCAACCAAAGCUUCCGGCCAACAGAAUGCAUCAGAUGCAAACACGGAAAGGGUGUAUGCCGAUAUGGGUGGCGAGUACAAGAUGGUGUUGGUCGUGCGAAACGACCUAAAGAUGGGUAAAGGCAAAAUCGCGGCCCAGUGUGGACACGCUGCCGUCGGUGCGUUUGAAACCGGCUUGGCCAAAACACCGGCCGCGGUUAAAAAGUGGCAACACAGCGGCCAAGCCAAAAUCGCCCUCAAGGUCGAGAGCGAACAGGCAAUGAUGGAGGUGUAUCGCAUCGCGAAAACGAACAAUCUCAACUGCUGCGUGAUACGGGACGCUGGUCGAACGCAGAUUGAACCCAACACCAAGACUGUGCUAGCGAUCGGACCGGCACCUAUAGCUGCCGUCGAUGCUGUGACGGGACAUCUGAAGCUGCUGUAGAUUGGAGUGAAUUCACCCAACGGAAAGGAACACGUCGCGCCUCCUAAACCCCGCGUAAUCAAACCGAUCGGAGGUUUCUUUCCCUAUGUACUAUUUCAUGACGCGAUUCAGUAAAGUUCCCUG